AUGAUGUCUUACCUUAAACAGCCCCCUUAUGGCAUGAACGGUCUGGGGCUGACGGGCCCAGCCAUGGACCUCUUGCAUCCCUCCGUGGGGUACCCGGCCACCCCACGGAAGCAGCGGCGGGAGCGCACCACCUUCACCCGCUCGCAGCUGGAUGUGCUGGAGGCACUCUUUGCCAAGACCCGCUACCCGGACAUCUUCAUGCGGGAGGAGGUCGCCCUGAAGAUCAACCUGCCCGAAUCUCGAGUCCAGGUCUGGUUCAAGAACCGCCGUGCCAAGUGCCGGCAGCAGCAGCAGAGCGGUGGAGGGGCCAAGAGCCGUCCAGCCAAGAAGAAAUCCUCGCCGGCUCGUGAGAGCUCAGGUUCGGAGAGCAGCGGGCAGUUCACCCCACCGGCAGCAGCCUCCAGCUCGGCCUCAUCUUCCUCCUCCAGCUCGGCCUCAUCGGCCCCGGCGGGAGCCCCAGCAUCUCUCAGCACUCCGGCGUCGUCCAUCUGGAGCCCGGCUUCCAUCUCUCCUGGUGCGGCGCCGGCGGGGGUGACGGUGCCUGAGCCCCUGCCGCCCGCUGCCGCGUCCUGCAUGCAGAGGGCCGGCCCUGCCGCCGCUGCCGCCUCCGCCAGCUACCCCGUCUCCUAUGGCCAAGGUGGGGGGUACGGGCAGGGUUACCCCGCGCCGCCCUCCUCGUCCUAUUUUGGGGGCGUGGAUUGCAGCUCCUACCUGGCGCCCAUGCACUCCCACCACCAUCCCCACCAGCUCAGCCCCAUGGGGCCCUCUUCGGUGCCUGGCCACCACCACCACCACCCGCUGAGCCAGAGCUCAGGCCACCACCACCACCAUCACCAUCACCACCACCAUCAGGGUUAUGGUGGCACCGGGCUGCCCUUCAACUCCUCCGACUGCCUGGACUACAAGGAGCCCGCUGCUGCUGCUGCCGCUGCCUCCUGGAAGCUCAACUUCAACUCCCCUGACUGCCUCGACUACAAGGACCAGGCGUCCUGGCGCUUCCAGGUCUUGUGA